GUUCCGUUCAGACAAUUUUAAACAGUUAGAUUCAUCUCAAUCCACAGGUUUUUUUUCUACUUAAUCUAUAGAUUAGAGCGACGUGCAACUAGCCUCCUUACUUUCGUUUCAUUUUCAGUUUAUCUUCCAAGUCAACUUUAAGUUUUAUUGAAUCCCCUGUUUUUCUGCAGAUUCAUCUCAUUGAUCUCAAAAUCAAUCAUUUGCUUCAUUCAUUUUCAAGUCAAUACCAAGUCAAGCCUCUCUGUCUUUGCAUCUAAUCUUCCCUCUUCUUCUUCUUUUAAUUCUCUUCAUCUUCAAAUUUUUACCAUGAUUCGGUUUGAACUCUACUCUUUGUUUGGUUUUAAUGGUUCUUGAUUCACUAAAGUUUUUGCUAGGGGUGUUUACCAAUACUUAGUAUCAUGGAAAAUGCAAACGAAUUGUCAUCAUCAAUAAGUUUUGCUUCAUCUUCUAUUAUUUCUAAUGGGUCUAGCUCUCACAACACAAGUCCUGAACUUGGUGCGAAUCUUGAAAAUUUGAGCUUAAGCAGGCUCAGUGGGAGUCUUGAAAAGCUAUUGCUUGAUGAUGAUUAUGAUUACACGGAUGCGCAGAUUGUUGUUGAGGGCAUCCCAGUGGGUGUCCAUAGGUGUAUCUUAUCUGCACGGAGUCAGUUCUUUCAUGAACUUUUUAAGAAGGGAAAUGAUGCUUCUGUCAGUGAAGGCAAACCCAAGUAUCUCAUGUCCGAAUUGGUGCCUUUUGGCAACGUGGGAUAUGAAGCUUUCAAUGUUUUCUUGAAUUAUCUGUACACCGGAAAGCUUAGGCAAUCUCCUCCAGACGUUUCCACGUGUGUUGAUGCUGCUUGUGCACAUGAUGCAUGCCGCCCUGCUAUUGAUUACGCCAUUGAGUUGAUGUAUGCUUCUGCAACCUUUCAGAUGAAGGAACUGGUUUUGCUUUCUCAGCGUCGCCUUCUGAACUUUGUUGAGAAGGCUUUUGUGGAAGAUGUAAUCCCAAUUCUUGUGGCUGCAUUCCAUUGCCAACUGAAUCAACUGUGCACUCACUGCAUCCAUAGAGUAGUAAGGUCAGAUCUUGACAAUGUCUGUCUUGAGAAAGAGCUUCCUGCUGAAGUUUUCAGUGAAAUCAAAUCAAUCCGCUCCAAACCUCCAGAAGACUCAGAACCUGAUGUUAUGGAACUGGACUCUGUGCAUGAGAAGAGAAUCAGGAGAAUCCACAAGGCACUGGACUCUGAUGAUGUUGAACUAGUCAAGCUUUUGCUGGAUGAAUCUAAUGUCACUUUAGAUGGGGCUUAUGCUUUGCACUAUGCUACUGCCUACUGUGAUCCUAAGAUUGUUAAGGAGGUGCUUGGUCUAGGCUUGGCUGAUCUUAACCUUAGGAACGGUAGAGGACAUACAGUGCUUCAUGUGGCUGCAAGGCGAAAGGAGCCGUCAAUUCUAGUGGCACUUCUAACCAAAGGAGCUUCUGCAUCAGAAAUUACAUUGGAUGGGCAAGCAGCUGUUGCAAUCUGUCGAAGGUUGACUAGGCCAAAGGAUUAUAAUGAAAAAACAAACCGGGGGCAGGAAUCCAACAAAGAUCGGAUAUGCAUUGAUGUCCUUGAGAGAGAGAUGAGAAGAAAUUCAGUGUCUGGGAACAUGUCAGUUUCAUCACAAGUGAUAGCUGAUGAUUUACACAUGAAGCUGGAUUAUCUGGAAAAUAGAGUGGCAUUUGCACGCCUGUUGUUUCCUGCUGAAGCUAGACUAGCCAUGGAGGUAGCAGAUGCAUAUUCAACCUCAGUUUACACAGGCCUUUCAGCAUCAAAAUCAAAAGGAUCGAGUGGGAACUUAAGAGAGGUUGAUUUGAAUGAAACCCCCUCUGCGCAAGCAAGGAGAAUGCAAAUGAGACUCCAAGCUCUUCUUAAAACAGUGGAAACUGGCCGACACUACUUCCCUCACUGCUCAGAAGUGCUUGAUAAAUUUUUGGACGAUGAUAUCAUCGAUAUCCCUGAUGCAUUCUUCCUAGAAAAGGGAACUCCAGAUGAACAGAAUAUUAAGAAAACGCGGUUCAUGGAACUUAAAGAUGAUGUGCAGAAGGCAUUUUACAAGGACAUGGCUGAAAACAACCGGUCAGUUUUGUCGUCAUCGUCGUCCUCAUCCUCCUCUCCAAAGGCAGGUGUAAAGUGCAAGGUUAGGAGGAAGUAAUGUUAUUGUUAAUAUGCAUUUGAUAGGAUAGAACAAGAACAAGAGUUUACUGGGUUCGAUUGGUAUUUUCAAUCAUAGAGAUACUUCAGAGCCAGCCUAUGUUCUGCGGUAACUUCUCCCUAGAUAUUUAGCAUGUAAAAUAGUAAAAUGAUGCAUGAGUUUCUUAACUUCAGAGCCAUGUAAUUUUCAUUUUUAUUCAGAUUAUGUAUUUUACAAUCUGGGGCUGUUCCUUUUUAACCCUACAAAAUUGGCUGCCUCGUGUAAACUCCGGUAACAAUUUAUGUAGUCUUUACUCUAGAACUUUGGUUCAGAUAACAAUGUAAUAUUGUUUGUGUUAAGAUGUGUCUGCUGGA